GUUCCCUUCAAGAUACCGUAACGGUUGGGCAUCGCUCCUCCUUGUGGAGGGGAGUUCUUCCACAUCCGCCAUGAAGAUGCACAUAGGUGCCGUUAUCCUUCUGGUCGCGGCCGCCACUCACACCGCCACCGCACGAACAUGCGGCGACAAGAGCCCUUUGGACGAGAAAUGUGCUGACCUGUUCCCUACUUGCCCGGAUCAGCACUCCCCUGCCAUCUUCAACGGAUGCUACCAUUGUGCCCACGACGUCACGUGCGAGAUCAAAGCGUUCGCCGUGGUGAAUGUCAAGGACAUGGUAGCUGCCAACGAAGACGUGGAUCGAGAUGUUAAGGAAUCACUCCUCGACGCACGUGAGAACACCCGUGUCAGGUCUCAUGCGUCUUCGUCGAGCGACCUGCAUGCAGUGGCCUCGGUGACCUCCAGCGACGAGGAAAACACCAGCAACGACGGAUGGGCUGUACCGGGCGUAUUGGGACUCCUUGGCGUCGGUGUGGCUGUCGGCGGAGUCUAUCGGCACAAGCGAAGUCGGGGGCAGUACCAUUCGAUUCUGUCGCAGCAACAACAACAGUACGACGCUGACGAUGCCGCGCUGGACGACCUCAACCCCUUCUGCCACGGAAGCCUCAGCGAAGAAACCCCAUCUCUGCUGAAACCUUCGCCCAAAGCAUCGGCGACGUCAUCGUCGUUCCGCAUCUUGACCGUUUAAUCCACCUUCUAGAAAUACAUGUAUGCCAUGCCUCGUGCUUCCUGUCG